UAUUAAACAAAUAAGGAAACCUCAAAAAAUAAAUAAAAAUCAACCCUCAAGAAGAUGAAAGAUAAGUAUAAUAUGAUGAUCAGAAGGAAAAUAAAAAAAUAAUCACCCAAAAAAUUUCAAAAUAUCGAUGAUUAGUUAAGCUCCCCAUUAAUAACGAAUGAGAUUCUAUUGUAAAAAUAUCCAAGCUAUAGUUAAAGUGAAAACUCAAGUCCUGACUCUGCACGAGAAGAACCUGGUAGUAUGUUGGAAUUCUUGCUUCAUUUAGAGAAUUCUAACUACUCUCCAUUCUUCCAAAAUUAUUGAUUAUAUAGAGUUAUUUAUAAUUAUUAUUUCUUUAUCAAGCUAG